AUGCCACAUAGAUCAGCAACCCCUAAGGAGACAUGCCACACAGAUCAGCAGCCCCCUAAGGAGACAUGCCACACAGAUCAGCAGCCCCCUAAGGAGACAUGCCACACAGAUCAGCAGCCCCCUAAGGAGACAUGCCACACAGAUCAGCAGCCCCCUAAGGAGACAUGCCACACCGAUCAGCAGCCCCCUAAGGAGACAUGGCACACAGAUCAGCAGCCCCCUAAGGAGACAUGGCACACAGAUCAGCAGCCCCCUAAGGAGACAUGCCAGAUAGAUCAGCAGCCCCCUAAGGAGACAUGCCACACCGAUCAGCAGCCCCCUAAGGAGACAUGGCACACAGAUCAGCAGCCCCCUAAGGAGACAUGCCACAUAGAUCAGCAGCCCGCUAAGGAGACAUGCCACACAGAUCAGCAGCCCCCUAAGGAGACAUGCCACACAGAUCAGCAGCCCGCUAAGGAGACAUGCCACACAGAUCAGCAGCCCCCUAAGGAGACAUGGCACACAGAUAAGCAGCCCCCUAAGGAGACAUGCCACACAGAUCAGCAGCCCCUAAGGAGACAUGCCACAGAUCAGAGAAGGAGACAUGCCACACAGAUCAGCAGCCCCCAUGCCAAGGAGACAUGCCACACAGAUCAGCAGCCCCCUAAGGAGACAUGCCACACAGAUCAGCAGCCCCCUAAGGAGACAUGCCACACAGAUCAGCAGCCCCCUAAGGAGACAUGCCACACAGAUCAGCAGCCCCCUAAGGAGACAUGCCACACAGAUCAGCAGCCCCCUAAGGAGACAUGCCACACAGAUCAGCAGCCCCCUAAGGAGACAUGCCACACAGAUCAGCAGCCCCCUAAGGAGACAUGCCACAGAUCAGAGCCCCCAAGGAGACAGCAGCAGCCCCCUAAGGAGACAUGCCACACAGAUCAGCAGCCCCCUAAGGAGACAUGCCACACAGAUCAGCAGCCCCCUAAGGAGACAUGCCACACAGAUGUGAACGCACACAUACUCAUCUGUGUGAUCAGAGCCAGGUGUGGUGUGCUGGUGCAGCUCAUCCCCCCCAUAUAA